AUGGCUAUUACUGUUGGAAUCAACGGCUUCGGUCGUAUCGGACGUCUUGUCCUGAGAAUUGCCUUGACCAGAUCAGACAUCAAGGUUGUCGCUGUCAACGACCCUUUCAUCACCGCUGACUACGCCGCUUACAUGUUCAAGUACGACUCCACCCACGGAAAGUACAAGGGUGAGGUUUCCGGAAAGGACUCCACCCUUACCAUUGACGGUAAGGACAUCACCGUCUUCAUGGAGAGAGACCCAGCCAACAUCCCAUGGGGAAAGUCUGGCGUUGACUUCGUCAUUGACUCCACCGGAGUUUUCACCACCCUGUCUGGUGCCCAGAAGCACAUUGACGCUGGUGCCAAGAAGGUUGUUAUCACUGCUCCUUCUGCCGAUGCCCCAAUGUUCGUCGUUGGUGUCAACGAGGACAAGUACACCUCCGACCUCAAGAUCGUUUCCAACGCUUCGUGCACCACCAACUGUCUUGCCCCAUUGGCCAAGGUGCUCAACGACUCUUUCGGAAUUGAGUCCGGUUUGAUGACCACUGUCCACUCCAUAACCGCCACCCAGAAGACUGUUGACGGUCCAUCCCACAAGGACUGGAGAGGAGGAAGAACUGCCUCUGGCAACAUCAUCCCAUCCUCCACCGGUGCCGCCAAGGCCGUUGGUAAGGUCAUCCCAGAGCUUAACGGUAAGUUGACCGGUAUGUCCAUCCGUGUCCCAACCACUGAUGUUUCCGUCGUUGACUUGACUGUCAACCUCAAGACCCCAACUACCUACGAGGAGAUCUGCUCCACCAUCAAGAAGGCCUCCGAGGGAAAGCUUGCUGGUAUCCUUGGUUACACCGAGGACGCUGUUGUUUCCACCGACUUCUUGUCCGACAACAGAUCCUCCAUCUUUGACGCCAAGGCUGGUAUCCAAUUGACCCCAACCUUCGUCAAGGUCGUUUCUUGGUACGACAACGAGUACGGUUACUCCACCAGAGUUGUUGACCUGCUCGAGCACAUUGCCAAGGCCUAA